AUGCUUACUCAGCUGAGAACCAUUGCUUCUCCCUUCCAAUCAGACAAUCUUGGCCCGAUCUACCUUGGUAUCUUGAACACCAAAGAGUUGCUGAGUAGACCGACACUUGGAGACAACCGCAGUACAAAUACUCUCCCUGCGAGAUCUUUUCCGGCCGAUACCAACACAAUCUUCGCUGGACCCAACUGGGAAAAAUCUGAACUGACCUUUACAAACAAUCUGAGCUUUGGGUUUUCAAUGACGUCAGCCGAUCUCCGAGAUCGAUCAAUGCAACUGGUCCAAGUGCAAGGAUUUUCAUCGAUCCUACGUGACGUGCGGAGAGAACAUACAGCCAUCAAAAAGAAGUACAAAUAUCUCUCAAAAUCAAUCAGCUUCUUACUUAAGCUCAUCCACCCAAACGUGAUUCGUACAUUUGGAAUUUGGUCCGAAGAUUCUUCAAGAAUGUCAUUGCCUUCUCUGGUCAGUGAGUGGCCGAAUCAAGGUCCUUUAGACGAAUAUCUGAAAAAGAACUUUAAUUCAUCUCUGGUACUACUGGAUGAUCAGCUACGUUGCAAACUUCAAGUUGUCGUGUACUGCGAACCUCUUCAUAUGCAUUCAUCCAAUGGGACGACGUAUGUACCGCCCGAAUUCAAGCAUUUUGAUGAAUCUGAAAAAGAACUGAACAGGAAUGAAUCGCCCAUUUUUGCAACCCUACUGCUUAAUAACCAAUAUGUACCUAAUGAAAUCAACAACUCAACCAAGUGCGAAUUAUCUCCAAGUCCCACACAGCCCCCAAGCCUCCCGAAAGAAUCACACUGUGUUUCUCUUACUCAGCUGCACUUAAUACUAUGUGAACGAUUGACCCCGAAAAGCAUGUGCGAUCUGGAAUGCAAACAACAUGGGAGUUCUUGUACUUUCAAUGCUGGAAACACAUUUGUUCGAAUGAAAGCAGAGGAUAUUUUGGCCUUUGGACGAAUACAAAUAGAACUACUUCUUGCUCACUUGAUUUUGAAGGACGAACCAUUGUUGAAUGACUGUGCGAUUGUUUCUGCUUCUCCCUCGCCUUUUGUACCCUGUAAACUUCGUUCCCACGGUGAACUACAACAGGUUGGAACCGCACCCGUAGUUGACUCAAAUGGUUAUUUUUACAACUUACAACACCCAGAAGAUUCUCGGCAGGUUUACGAACACCCAGUGCCAAUAUUCUUUAUGAAACCUGUACAUUCGAAUCCACUCACAACAUCAAAUCACGUGACACUAUGGAAUUUACAUGACUUCGGGGCUUUUUGUACCCUAUUACGCGAAGCUUAUCCCACACUUGACCUGGAAACCAUGCUCCAACAAUGUUAUCCAAAAUGCCCUUGUUGGAAGGUGAAUAUCGAUCAAGUUAGCAACGUUUGUCGAACGAUAUUUUCCGAAUUGAAAGAAAGCAGUCCUUGUAAGUAA